UACGAAUGUGUUCUACUCUGUCUGCUCCUCCCUCUUAGCAAAUAGCCAGCCAGCCAGCCAGUCAGCCAAGCCAGACCGCCAGCCAACUACCGAACCGCUUGCCCUGACAGAUACUCGUGGCAGUUGCUCAACACGCGACCUACACUCGUUGAGCUCGCUGACCUCCCAACGCCCGACCUUGAGCCUCGGACGCGGCAGACGACCACCCCUAAUUCCACCAACAAUAUAUACAUGAGAGGGAAGCAGCGUUCGCCCCCAUGUCGCAGACUUACGAUGUCGGAACGCGAGCCUGGCAGCCCGAUGCCACCGAGGGCUGGGUGGCUUCCGAGGUUGUCAACAAGACGGUCGAUGGCAACAAGGUGAUACUGGAGUUCAAGCUCGAAAAUGAAGAGACCAAGAAGAUCGAGCUCUCGCUCGAAGGACUACAGACCGGAAAUGACCCUUCGUUACCACCGCUCAUGAACCCUACCAUGCUCGAAGCCAGCGAUGAUCUUACCAACCUAUCUCAUCUUAACGAGCCAGCCGUUCUGCAAGCCAUCCGCCUCAGAUAUCUGCAAAAGGAAAUCUACACAUACUCGGGUAUUGUGCUAAUAGCCACGAAUCCUUUCGCUCGUGUGGAUUCUCUCUAUGUCCCGGGCAUGGUACAAGUAUACGCUGGCAGGCAGAGGGCGACACAAGCGCCGCAUCUGUUUGCCAUUGCGGAAGAAGCCUUUGCGGACAUGUUGAGAGACAAGAAGAACCAAACCAUUGUCGUCUCGGGAGAGUCGGGAGCCGGAAAGACGGUCAGCGCCAAGUACAUCAUGCGAUACUUCGCCACGAGAGAAUCGCCAGACAACCCAGGAGGCAGGAAAAAGGGCGCCGAAGCUAUGAGCGAAACGGAAGAACAGAUCCUGGCGACGAAUCCCAUCAUGGAAGCCUUCGGUAACGCGAAAACGACUCGAAACGAUAAUUCGUCCCGUUUUGGAAAGUACAUUGAGAUUCUGUUUGAUGACAAGACAAAUAUUAUCGGAGCCAAGAUCCGUACAUACUUGCUCGAGCGCUCAAGAUUGGUCUUCCAGCCCCUCAAGGAGCGGAACUACCACAUCUUCUACCAGCUCAUCGCUGGUGCCACCGACGCGCAGCGCAAGGAGCUCAGCCUUCUCCCCGUCGAGCAGUACGACUACAUGAACCAAGGCAAUGCCCCCGUUAUCGACGGUGUCGACGACAAGGCCGAGUUCGAAGCCACAAAGAAGUCGCUUACAACCAUCGGUGUCACGGAGGAACAGCAAAUGGGCAUCUUUAGGCUGCUCGCUGGUCUGCUUCAUCUGGGAAAUGUUAAGAUCACGGCAUCCCGUAAUGACAGUGUACUACCUCCCGACGAGCCGGCCCUCGUCAAGGCUUGCUCGAUACUCGGCAUAGACAACACAAACUUCGCCAAGUGGAUCGUCAAGAAGCAGCUCAUUACCCGUGGCGAAAAGAUCACCUCCAACUUGACACAACAACAGGCUAUCGUCGUGCGAGAUUCCGUUGCCAAGUACAUCUACUCUAGCAUGUUCGACUGGCUUGUUGAGGUCAUCAACCACAGUCUUGCCACGGACGAGGUCCUGAACCGGGUAACCUCUUUCAUUGGUGUUCUUGAUAUCUACGGUUUCGAGCACUUUGCCAAGAACUCGUUCGAACAGUUCUGUAUCAACUAUGCCAACGAAAAGCUGCAGCAGGAGUUUAACCAGCACGUUUUCAAGCUCGAGCAGGAAGAGUACAUAAGAGAACAGAUCGACUGGACCUUCAUCGACUUCUCUGACAAUCAGCCCUGUAUUGACUUGAUCGAGAACAAGAUGGGCAUCCUGUCACUUCUCGACGAAGAGUCGCGUUUACCCAUGGGAUCUGACGAGCAAUUUGUCACAAAGUUGCAUCACAACUUUGCCAGCGACAAGAACAAGUUCUACAAGAAGCCCCGUUUCGGCAAGUCUGCCUUCACUGUCUGUCAUUAUGCUGUCGACGUGACAUACGAGUCUGAUGGCUUCAUCGAGAAGAACAGAGAUACUGUGCCCGAUGAGCACAUGGAGGUUCUCAAGGCAAGCAGCAACAGAUUUCUUGGAGAUGUCUUGGCCGCUGCCCUCGCGGUCCGUGAAAAGGACGUCGCUUCAGCGACGUCGUCUUCCGUGGCAAAGCCGGGUGCGGGCAGGAGGAUUGGAGUUGCUGUUAACCGCAAGCCGACUCUGGGUGGUAUCUUCCGCUCCUCACUCAUCGAGCUUAUGAAUACAAUCAACAACACGGAUGUGCACUAUAUCAGGUGUAUCAAGCCUAAUGAGGCCAAGGAGGCCUGGAAGUUCGAAGGCCCCAUGGUUCUCAGCCAGUUGAGAGCCUGUGGUGUGUUGGAGACGGUCCGCAUUAGUUGUGCUGGUUAUCCAACGCGAUGGACCUAUGAAGAAUUCGCUCUUCGUUAUUACAUGCUGGUUCCCUCGACGCUGUGGACCGCUGAGCUUCGGGAGAUGGCGAAUGAGAUUCUGGCCAAGGCUCUCGGCGAGAGCACUGGCAAGGGUCAGGACAAGUACCAGCUUGGUCUGACAAAGAUCUUCUUCCGUGCUGGUAUGCUGGCUUUCAUGGAGAACCUCCGCACUGAGCGCCUCAACUCUGCUGCCAUCAUGAUCCAGAAGAACCUGAAGGCCAAAUACUACCGCAACAGAUAUUUGGAGGCACGCAACGCUAUCCUCGGGUUCCAGUCGCUUUCUAGAGCCUUCAUGAUCCGCCGGAAGGCCGAUGAAUGGAGGACAGUCAAGGCUGCUACCACCAUUCAGAGAGUAUGGAAAGGUCAAAAGCAGAGGAAGGCUUUCCUCAAGAUCCGUGCCGAUUUGGUCCUUGCCCAGGCCGCAGCCAAGGGUUACCUGCGAAGGAAGGAGAUCAUGGAGACCCGGGUGGGCAACGCCGCACUCCUCAUCCAGCGUGUAUGGCGCCGGAGACAACAGCUCCGCCAGUGGAGGGAUUACCGCAGAAAGGUUGUCAUUGUCCAGAGCUUGUGGCGUGGAAAGUCGGCGAGACAGGAUUACAAGAAGGUUCGCGAGGAAGCACGCGAUCUGAAGCAAAUCUCGUACAAGCUUGAAAACAAGGUCGUCGAGCUCACUCAGGCUCUUGGUUCUAUGAAGACCCAGAACAAGGGUCUGGUCAGUCAAGUCGAAAACUACGAAAACCAGAUCAAGUCCUGGAAGACCAGGCACACGGCGCUGGAAACCCGAACAAAGGAGUUGCAGGCCGAGGCCAACCAGGCUGGUAUUGCAGUCGCAAAGCUCCAGGCAAUGGAGGAGGACAUGCAGAAGCUGCAGCUUACCUACGAGGAGUCCAACUCCAACGUCAAGCGCAUGCAAGAGGAGGAGCGCGAGCUCAAGGAGAAGCUGCGUUCCACCGAAACUGAGCUCGAAGAGGUCAAGAAGGAGAGCGAUGCUCAUCUUGGUACCGUCGGCGGCCUCAAGCAGCAGUUGGCAGACCUUGCCGACCAGCUCGAGCUGGCUAAGCGCAGCGGCCCGAUCAACGGGGAACUCGCCAACGGCCACGCCGCUGCCGCCCCUGCAGUCAGCGGUCUGAUCAACCUCGUCUCCUCGAAGAAGAACCUGGCCAAGCGCCGAAGUGCGGGAGAGGAUACCCGGGGUAUGGACCGAUUUAGCGCCGCCUUCAAUCCGCGGCCUGUAUCGAUGGCAGUUACCAACGGUGGUCAACGCCCGUACGCCGGCGCGGGCAGCUUCCUUCCAGGUGUGGACAGCAUCGAAAUGGAGCUCGAAGGGUUACUUGCCGAUGAGGACGGUCUCAACGAAGAAGUCACCAUUGGCCUUAUUCGCAACCUCAAGAUCCCAUCCCCUAACCAGAACCCUCCACCUUCCGACAAGGAGGUCCUCUUCCCGUCAUAUCUUAUUAACCUGGUCACUUCGGAGAUGUGGAACAACGGCUUCGUUAAGGAGUCGGAGAGAUUCCUGGCUAAUGUCAUGCAGUCGAUCCAGCAGGAGGUCAUGCAGCAUGACGGUGAUGAGGCCAUCAACCCCGGUGCUUUCUGGCUCUCGAACGUCCACGAGAUGCUCUCGUUCGUCUUCCUUGCCGAGGACUGGUACGAGGCGCAGAAGACGGACAACUACGAGUACGACCGUCUCCUUGAGAUUGUGAAGCACGACCUCGAGAGCUUGGAGUUCAACAUCUACCACACUUGGAUGAAGGUGCUGAAGAAGAAGCUCCAGAAGAUGAUCAUUCCUGCCAUCAUCGAGUCUCAGUCUCUGCCUGGCUUUGUCACGAAUGAAAGUAACAGAUUCCUUGGCAAGCUGCUGCAGUCAAACUCGGCACCCGCCUACAGCAUGGAUAACCUCCUCAGCCUGCUCAACAACGUCUUCCGUGCCAUGAAGGCCUACUACUUGGAGGACUCCAUUAUUACUCAGGCAGUCACUGAGCUCCUUCGUCUUGUCGGUGUCACCGCCUUCAACGAUCUUCUUAUGCGCCGAAACUUCCUCUCGUGGAAGCGUGGUCUUCAGAUCAACUACAACAUCACCCGUAUCGAGGAGUGGUGCAAGAGUCACGACAUGCCUGAGGGUACCCUCCAGCUCGAGCACUUGAUGCAGGCGACUAAGCUUCUUCAGCUCAAGAAGGCGACUCUAAACGAUAUCGAGAUCAUUCAAGAUAUCUGUUGGAUGCUGUCGCCUAACCAGAUCCAGAAAUUGCUUAACCAAUAUCUGGUCGCCGACUACGAGCAGCCCAUUAACGGCGAGAUUAUGAAGGCGGUUGCUUCCCGGGUUUCCGAGAAGAGCGAUGUUCUCCUUCUCCAAGCUGUUGAUAUGGACGACAGUGGACCAUAUGAGAUCGCUGAGCCCCGUGUCAUUACCGCUUUAGAAACAUAUACCCCAUCCUGUAAGUUGACUUGAAAUUCUUUGAAACAUCCGUGACAGCAGCUAACAAGCUCGAUUUUAGGGCUACAAACUCCCAGACUGAAGCGCCUCGCUGAGAUAGUGUCUGCCCAGGCGAUCGCUCAGCAAGAAAAAUACGAAGAUGACGAAGAGUAUGAGGGCGAAGAUGGCAUUCCUGAGGGAGAGGAGCCCCCAGAGAUCCUGGCCGCCGCGUAGAUGUUGCGAGGUCAGCAAUAGAUCUUCUGCACAGCGAUGCACCAGGGUUUAAAAUGUAGAUCAUAAUCCGAGGUUCGAUUUGUUGGUGCUUGAGGGAUCAACAAACCCAUGUACAGUGAUGCGCGAGAGAUGAGCAGACGUCUAAUGGAUACCACGGAAUUGAAUUAGAGAGAGAAACUCAUGCGGACACAUUAUAGGAAUAUGGG